AUGCCCGGGGACCAGUACCCCCACCCCUCUGACGCCCAGCGUACCACUCACGAAGCUGCUGAGGCGAAGGGAUGUCCGCGGAGCGCUGCUGCUGCUGCCGGUGCGAGCGCUGGCCACCACCACCGCCGCUACGCUGCUGGGUACCACCUCGACCAGCUCCACCUCCUCCACCACUACGCCUCCUCCGCUGCCGCCUCCACUGCCUCCACCUCCGCCGCCUCCACCUCCGCCGCUGCCUCCACCACACCACCGUGGAACACCACCACCGUCUCCGCCGCUGCUGCCGCCACCACCACCACCACCCCCGCCACUAGCCCCGCCGCCACCCCCACUCCCUCCGCCGCCACCGCCGCCACCGCCACCGCCCCCUCCAGCUCCACCCGCGCCCUUGCCCCCCUUGCCCUUGCUGGAGCGACGUCUCCCACUAGGGGCAGACGCCGCGCCGACCGACUCAAGACCAAGCAGGUCGGCAGCAGCAGCAGAGGCAACAGAGGGCAGCAAGGGGGAAGGAGAGCACCCCUCAAAGAUGGGUCAGCAGAAAGGCGGCUCAGCGACCGGGGCUCGGGUGCACAGCUGCUCGGCUCCCGGGCGGCUCGGCGGCUCUGGGCGGCUCGGGCUCCCGGCGGCUCGGCGGCUGGGCAGCUCGGGUGCAGGCAGCGGCGGAUCGGCUCCGGGCGGCUCGGCGGCUGGGAGCUCGGGUGCAAGGCGGCUGGCUCCCGGGCGGCUCGGCGGCAGGGCGGCUCGGGUCCCGGGCUGCUCGGGCUGGGGCGGCUCGGCCGGGAGAUGCAGGUCGGGCCGGCAGGUGCAGCGUCGGGCCGGCAGGUGCAGAGUGGCGGGCCGCAAGUGCAGCGGCGGGCCGGUAGGUGCAGCGGCGGGCCGGCAGGAGCAGCGCGGUGCAGGGUUGCAGACGGCGGGCCGUAG